UUUGAGUUUACUGCCGGUCAGCUUGAUAUCGUUUCCGAGUUUGAACCGAUAAUACUUUAUCUUUCAAGAAUGAAUACCGUGAAACAUUUGGUCUUAGGAUUUGCAUACGGUUACAAGCUGCCUCAUUCAUUCUUUUCACUGAAUGAAUUAGAAGUACUUGAACUCAAUGAUCGUGUGUUUGACCCCCCACUAAGGUUUAAUGGUUUUCCUAAGCUGCGGAGAUUGUCCUUGCAUGGAGGUCAGAUUAAAGCUAAGAAGCUUCUACAUUUACUCACCUAUUGCCCAUUACUAGAAGAAGUCGCCUUGACAGAACUAUAUGCAGAAGAGAACUUUGAAGGAGCAAAUGAGUGUACUUUUGCUGAGCUUUUACGGUGUGUACCGUUGGUUAGAACAUUGGAAAUCUCAAAGGAUUAUACGAAGAACUUGGUUGUGGCUCCUACGCCUCAUAGGCUUUCAACUCCACUAGUCCGCCUCAAAAACUUGGAUUUAGAUAUGUGCUUGAUGGAGUAAGAUGAGAUUCGUUGCGCACUUUGUUUGAUCAGGAGCUCCCCUAAUUUAGAGAGAAUUACUUUUAUGAUGUAUGCUAAUGACGAGCCACGUGGUCAAGCUACUCCAAUGAACUUUUUUGAUCAAAAAAACCACUCAGAUUUGUACCUAGAUCAUCUUGAGAAAUUAGAGAUACAUAUGUUUAGUUUCUUAGCUAUAGAGGUGAAAUUCAUCAAACUGAUGAUGGCUAAAGCACCAGUGUUAAAGAAUGCGUUAUUGGUUAACAAACAGUUUCCACCGAUGGUUUUUGCGGAUGAACAAUUGGAAAUGCUUAGACAGCCCUUCCCACGUGCAUCACCUUCAGCAAAAUUAUUUAACGGCCAAAACCUUGGCUGAUAACAAUGUUUUGUGUUGAUUAUGAACGGCUAGUCUACUUGCUGCUUUGUACCCAGUGUAUGGAAUAUUAAUUGCUUAAUUUUGUAACCAAAACUGGUCCUCGUACCCAUCUAUUUUACUGCUACUUUCUGCUU